GAUAGCAGCAGACAGAUAGAGAUUUCCUUGUGUUUAACCGGCUAACUAGCUACUUGUGCUGUGUUUUUUCUACUGCUGAAGAAGCUAGGCUUAGGUAGGAUUAAGGAAAGGAAAGCAAAUGAAUGCAGCGGAAAACCUCAAAAAUUUAUAUCAAUUCUAACGUAUCUAAAGACAGCACGUCAAGCCCAAAGGGAAGGCACUGUACUUCCAGUACCACCACUCUAUCUGCGUGUAACUUGACGCAGCUCUGGGGCCUGCUGUGUUUUCAACGGAGGGAGAGCCGAGAAGAAAAAUGGCGUCUGCAGGCGACCCAGAGCGGGACACCGGCCAUUCAGUUUGAGCUUUCCGCCCUGAAAUUGAGACCGGGGCUUGGCGGGGACUUAUCGGAAACCGUCGCCAGAUCCACAAUUUUUUUUCUACCCCGUUUUUCUCCGGUGUGCGUGGCUCAUUCAAGCACCGAGAUUGAAGCGGAACAGAAGAGACUCUCUCCUACAAUGAGGGGGAGAAGAGGAAGGCCGCCCAAACAAGCAGCCGUGAUGCGGGAAGGUUCACCCGGGCCAGUCCGCGGCUCGCGGGGCGGCAGGAAUAGAGGGAUGCGUGGACGGGGAAGAGGCAGAGGACGGGGUCGGGGACGGGGAGGAAGUGGCGGCGUUUGCGGCACUGGCUCAGCCGAGGUGGAUACAGAAAUCUCCGGCCGAGAGAACUUUCAUUCGUCCCGGGGCCGCAGGAAAGUUGGAGCCUCCAUCACGGCGGCGGCCGCGGCAUCGCGGGGCAGAGGAGGCAGAGGGAGAGGCAGGGGGUCGAGAGGCGGCCGCGGCAGCAGAGGCGGGGUGAGGCGGCCUCAAACCAAGGUGGUCUACGACGACAACAGCGACGAGGAGGAUGAUAAUUUAAGCUACAGGUCAGACGAAGAUGAACUCCUGAACGACAACCCCUCGUCGGAUCUUGAAGAAGAGGAGGCCUUGGGAAACGACUCUGACUAUCUGGAGGAACUACCGUAUGAUGAUGAUGCCAGCUACUGUACCGAGAGUAGUUUUAGGAGCCACAGCACGCUCGGUAGCACCCCAGGCCGGAGAAGGAGUCGGGCUAUGCGACCGCGGUCUCCCAUCCUUGAGGCAAAGGACAUUCCUCCAUUGGAGCUUCCCAAGUCCUCCGAGGACCUCUUGGUUCCUACCUCACAACUCCUCAAUAUUUCUGCCGUCUACGAGGUCCUCCGCAACUUUGGCUCAGUGCUGCGGCUCUCUCCGUUCCGCUUUGAGGAUUUCUGUGCAGCUUUGGCCAGCCAGGAGCAGUGCACGCUGCUGGCAGAGACCCACAUCUCCCUGCUCAAAGCUAUUCUCAGAGAAGAGGACACUUCCAACACCACAUUUGGUCCUGCUGACGUGAAGGACUCCGUUAACUCCACUCUGUAUUUUGUGGAUGGUAUGACUUGGCCAGAGGUGGUGCGGGCGUACUGUGAGAGUGACCCGGAGUACCGGCAUAUUCUGCCCUUCCAGGAGGGUGAGGAUUAUCCGUAUGAACCAUUGGAAAGCAAAAUUAAAGUUCUUCAGUUUUUGGUGGACCAGUUCUUGGCGACAAAUAUUGCCCGGGAGGAGCUUAUGUCAGAAGGGGUGGUUGCCUAUGAUGACCACUGCAGGGUGUGUCAUCGUCUUGGUGACCUGCUGUGCUGCGAGACAUGUUCAGCCGUUUACCAUCUGGAGUGUGUGAAGCCGCCGCUGCAGGAAGUGCCGGAGGACGAGUGGCAGUGCGAAGUGUGUGUAGCACACAAGGUACCUGGUGUUGCGGACUGCAUCCCUGAAGUUCAGAAGAGCAGGCCGUUCAUUCGUCAACUGCCAGUCGGCUAUGACCGACACCACCGCAAAUACUGGUUCCUGAACCGCCGCGUUGUUGUUGAAGAGGAUGGUGAGCAGGAGGACAAAGCCAUCUGGUACUACAGCACCAAGGUCCAGCUGGCUGAGCUGAUAGAUUGCUUGGAUAAGGAGUACUGGGAGGCCGACCUGUAUGCAGCCCUCGAGGAGAUAAGGGACGAGGUGCACACGCAUAUGGACAUCACCGAAGACCUAACAAACAAGGCCCGUGGCAGCAACAAGUGUUUUCUUACUGCCGCCAAUGAGGAGAUCCUGGAGCGGUUGCGGGCUAAGAAGGAAGAGGAGCUGGAGGAGGUGAAAAGACGGGCUGCUGAGGAGGCCCAGAAAGCGCGGUUGGAGAAAGAGAAGAAGGACAUAGAUGUGGAGAAGGAGGACGGAGAGGUCAAGCUGAAAGACGAGGGACAACAGGAGGGCAGGGGCAAAGAUAUGACAAAGGAGGAGGAGGAGACAAACGAAGAUGCUGUGGAGGAGAAAAAGGAUGGGGUCAAAACUGGAGUCGCUGAAGCUCCACCCGCUGGCCAAGAAGGCAGUAGUGGCAGCAACAUCUCAGAUGGACCGAUACCUCCAGCAACCUCUGUUCCAACACAAACCACCAUCUUGAGCUCUAGCAUGGCCACUGAGGCUCCAAAGCCCCUCACUGCCUCCACCAUAGAGGCUCGGACAGAGGGGUGUUCCCAUAUGGAGGCCUCUAACAACACAGAAGCAGAAAACCCAUCAUUAGAUUCUGUCAGUGGAGAUGGAAUCCCGAGCCUGAGCCAGCCCCCCCAGCCCAGCGAAGAGAACAGUAACAGCAGUGUGGGAGCUGGGGUCCCUCCAAGGGGCCCUGAACCCCCAGACCUGGCUGACAAGUCCUCCCAGUCAUCCCUGGCGAGCCUCGAUGACACAGGGGACAGUAAAGAUUCGGCCAACGGUGAGACGACAGGUCUCAGCAGUAAGAAGUCUUCAGCAACUCGCAUGGUGACCAGGCUGAGGAACCCAGAAAGCAAGUUGAGCCAGAUGAAGAACCAACAGGUGGCUGCUGCUGUUCAUGAAGCCAACAAGGGCUUUAAAGAGGGCAAAGAGGUACUUGUAGUAAAUGCACAAGGUGACGUCACCCGUGUCAGCACGCGCAGCAGCAAGGAGGUGGUGAUGAAGGGGACCCUCAGCCAAUACUUCAAGCUUGGCCAGGAGGGCAAGUACCGCGUCUAUCAUAACCAGUACAGCUCCAAUGCCCUAGCCCUCAACAAGCACCAGCACAGAGAGGACCAUGACAAGAGGCGGCAUCUCUCACACAAGUUCUGCAUGACACCUGCAGGAGAAUUUAAGUGGAAUGGGUCUAUUCAUAGCUCUAAGCUUCUGACCAUCUCUACACUGAGACUCACCAUCAUCCAGCUGGAGAACAACGUUCCAGCACCAUUCAUGCACCCUAACUGGGCUUCACACAGGACCAAUUGGAUCAAAGCAGUUCAGAUGUGCAGUAAGGCCAGAGAGUUUGCACUGGCUCUGGCCAUCCUGGAGUGUGCCAUUAAACCUGUGGCUAUGCUGCCUGUCUGGAAGGACUCACUGGGCCAUACCAGGUUAAAUCGCAUGACAUCCAUGGAGCGUGAGGAGAAGGAGAAAGUGAAAAAGAGGGAGAAGAAGCUGGAGGAUGAAGAGACGAUGCAGCAGGCCACUUGGGUCAAGUACACCUUCCCAAUUAAACACCAGGUGUGGAAGCAGAAAGGAGAAGAGUAUCGUGUUACGGGCUACGGGGGCUGGAGUUGGAUCAGUAAGACUUAUGUGCAGCGGUUUGUCCCGAGGCUUCCCGGCAACACCAAUGCCAACUACCGCAAAGAACUGGAAGAUGCUAAACUUGGCAAGAAGUGUACCCUGCUGGACUUGAGUCGACGGCCCAGUGUAGCUGCACCAGAAGCUCAGGGAGCUGCUGCUUUAAGCAGUGAAGCAAAAGAUCAAGGAUUAUGUAGCCCCUCCAAAUCAGCAACAGAUCAUCUUCUGUCUGAUGAAGGUUUUGCAUCUAAUGAGAAGAUGGAAGAAGAAAAGACGGAAGAGGCAGAUGAAAAAGAAAUAGACAAAGGAAUUAUCGUUGAUGAAUCACCUGCAAAAAUGGAGGUGGACCCCACAGAAUCACCAUCAGAUGAAGAGCAAAGGUCCAGUAUUCAGGAUGAUAAGGCUUCCAUGAAGGAGGAGCCGACAGAAGACCCUCAGCGACCAUUUAACUACGAUGUAGUGGAUGUCAGCAAGGGCUUCCUCACCCGUGUUGCCUACAAGAAGAAGGUCAAGUCCUCCAAGCUGGACAGCCUGCUGGAGCGCCGAGUGAAGCAGCACAUUAUUGAAGAGAAGCAGCGGCAGCAAGCGUCUGCCUCCAAACCCCGAACUCCAGCACCAGUUUCACCCACCUCAACCCCUGCUCUGAGCACUCCAGUCCGGCCACGGUCACCACUCAAGCCCCAUACUCUCGCUCACACACAGCUUGCGCUGGGCAGCGCUGUGAAAGUGGAGGAGAAAUCUUCCACGACACAAACUCCAGGGACAGGAGACGUUGGAGGAGGAGAAGUUGAAGGGGAGAGUCAGGCUGAACUCUCUAAAACUACAGAGGAUGUCUUCACUCCUCCUCUUCCUUCUCCUGUUCUGGACUCCACAUCCAAAGACAGUUGCAGUACAGGUACAGGUGGAGAUUUAGCUUCACCACAAAACCAAACCACCUCCCUGCCCCAGGAACUGGAGGCAGACUUAGUGGAAAGGACUACGGGGCCAAAAGAAACCAGUUCAGACAUUUCAGGGCAAGAGGGUGUCAAACAGCCUGAUGUAGAGAAAAUAACAGCAGUGGGAACUCAUAGCUCUUUAGAGCAACAAACAGCCAGUGUACCAUCAGAUGCUACCAAGGCUGCACAUACUGAAAAUACAGGGUGCGAGGUACCCAACUUGAAAUCGGACCCUGUAAGGACCUCUACAAGUAUUCUUGACCAAAAAAGCGGUCAAACCACAUCUCCCUCUAAAACUGUUCAGCAAAACCCAGAAACUUUAAGCUCAGCGCAUUCGGGCACUGAGGAAAAUGGCAUGGGCCCAGAGGGAAACCAAGAAAAUAUGCAAGAAAUUGGACAACACAGAACCGGAAGCAUUUGCACUCCCGAGCCAGUUUCUCCUCUCCCUCAGGUAAACGGUAAUGAUGGCUUGGGGAGCGAAAGCAUGUUGAGUAACUCGGUUAUGAGCUCUAAUAAUGGUGUGCUCGCCGACAGUCCCCAGCCCAAGGUGAACAGCACUGGUAAAAUCGAAGAGCAGGGACUAGCUGUCUCGCUGAAGGACAGCACGCAGCAGAAGCCUUUGGUCAAUGGAGAUGUGGCCCCUGUAAAUGAUAGUACAGAACCAAGCCUAGCUUCUAAGGUAGAGGGUAAGACAAUGGUAUCGGACCAGGACUACAAACCUCCACUGAAGAUAACAAGGCUGGAAAACAACAUAGAUGCACUUGGAGGUAAUACUCAGAGCACUCUACAGCACAACAGCACAUCACCGUUUCAGUCUGUGGAGACCAAACCCAGUCCUGUGGUAAAGAUCAUCAGAAUGGCACCCUCUCCUAUACCUUCAGCAGAGGAGUCCAGUCUGAGUGACGACUUCGCAGAGGAGAAUAGUAACAGUGGCACGACAGAGCCACUCAAGACUGUCAUCACCCAGGUAACCACAACCUCCACCACCACCACCACAACAGUAGUUUCCACAGAGACGAGGGUAGCCAACGCACCAUUGAAUACAUCUGGAGAAAUGGUGUCAACAACUGAAAGCAGUGCAGUGUCCACCCUUACGACCAUGACCAAAACAACUGUGACCAAAAUCUGUUCGUCUGGGCUUGAUGGUCAGUCAGAAGACAGCCAGGGUGAAACGGUGACACAAGAACAGAGGACAAUGCUCUUGGCCUCUGUCAGUAAGUCAACAACUGACAGCAGCGGUAAAACCUCGGUAACAUCUGUUGCCGUGAGUCACGAGGACUCUUCAUCAACACGGGGUCGCGUCCGCCUCCUCAAAUUCUCCCGCACAAAGAAGACACGCUCGGACACGGCUCUUCCCUCUUACCGCAAGUUUGUCACCAAGAGCAACCGCAAGAGUAUUUUUGUACUGCCACAUGACGACUUGAAGGUGCUGGCGAGGCGAGGCGGAUUCCGUGAGGUGCCCGUGUUUAGCUACAAUGCUAAGCCAGCCCUGGAUAUCUGGCCAUACCCGUCACCCAGGCCCACGUUUGGCAUCACCUGGAGAUAUCGCCUGCAGACUGUGAAGUCUCUGGCCGGUGUGAGUCUGAUGCUGAGGCUGCUGUGGGCCUGUCUGAGAUGGGACGACAUGGCUGUGAAACCGUCCGCUGCUGUCGGCACCACACGUACAGAGACAUCGGAUACUGAAAUCACCACCACAGAGAUCAUCAAGCGCCGUGACGUGGGACCUUACGGCAUUCGCUCAGAGUACUGCAUCCGCAAAAUCAUCUGCCCCCUUGGAGUGCCUGAGACUCCAAAAGAAACCCACACCCCUCAGAGGAAGGGGUUGCGCUCCAGUGCCUUGCGUCCCAAGAAGCCAGAGCCUGCCAAGCAGACAGGCCCGGUGGUGAUCGAGACAUGGGUCGCUGAGGAGGAGCUGGACCUCUGGGAGAUCAGAGCCUUCUCAGAAAGGGUGGAGAAAGAGAAAGCUCAGGCAGCAGAACAGGCCAAGAAACGACUGGACCAGAAACCAGGUGCAGCCACAGCUACUCCAACAGGGACUCCGGCAACAUCUGCUGUCACACCCAAAGUCAUUGUCGGUUCGUUGUCAGGCCAGGGCACCCCGAACACCAAGGUGGUGCUAUCCACCAAGAUGGGCACCCCUGUCACAUUCCAACAGAACAAGAACUUCCAGCAGUCAUUUGCCACCUGGGUCAAGCAGGGUCAAAGCACACAAGGAGCAAGCACGGAGACCACAGUGGCCACGUCUGGUGGGCACACCUUCCAGAUUACAGGAACCUCAGUGGGUGGAAAGGUAGUGACCACCAAACUGCCGCUGCCCGCCAACAGCAAGAUCGUCACAGUCAACGUGCCAACUUCACAAGGAGGUGUGGUUCAGCAGAAAGUGUUGGGUAUCAUCCCAUCCAGCACAGCGGGUGGCGCCCAGACCUACACCACAUUCCAGCCCCGCACGACCACGCUCAACAUCAGGCCCAACACCCCAGGCUCCCAGCAACAGGUUCUGUCAGCUGGUGGUCAGAUCCGUCCAGGAAUGACAGUGAUCCGAACACCGAUCCAGCAGACGGGACCCAUGGGAAAGACAAUACUCCGAACACCCCUCGUGGUCCAGCAAGGUCAGGGUGGCCAGCAAGUAGUGACGCAGAUCAUUCGAGGUCAGGCUGUUUCCACGGCAAUAUCUGGUGCCAGCCCUGUUGCUACGGUCACUGGCCAGGGGGCGGCCAGCCCCACCGCAGCAGGACAGGCAACGGGCCAAACACCGCCCGGCACCCCACGGGCACAGGGGCAAGGCCAGGUUAAACUCACCCUGGCACAGCUCACCCAGCUCACACAGAAGCAGCAGGCUGGGUCAGGUGUGGAUCGGCAGGCAGGUGUCAGUGGUGCCCAACAGGCUCUGACGGUGAUGGUUCAGGGCCAGGGCCAGACCACCGGCCAGCUGCAGGUCAUACCUCACGGGGUCACGGUCAUCCCAGGACCCGGGCAGCAGCUCAUGCAGGCGGCAUUGCCCAACGGCCAGGUGCAGCGCUUCCUCUUCACCCCCUUGGCCUCCGCUGCCACACCCACAUCAAGCACAGCCACCACAGUUCCCGGUCAGCCCAACUCCACCUCCACCAAAACCCCGGCCCAGCCUGCCCAGCAGGCAGCAGCCCCCGUCCAGGCAGGGGCGUCUCCACUGGCCACCACCAGCAGCCCUACUUCAGCCACCCCGCAGGGCCAGCUGCCCCCUCAGACGCAGGCCCACAUGCCCAUCCAGUCACCCACCUCGCUGCAGGUUAAAACACAGGGAGGAACUGCCCAGCUGCAGCUGCAACAGACGCCUCAGCUCAUCAGCAUGUCUGGGCUGCAGCAGCAGGUACAGGUGCUGGCUCAGCUGCAGGCCCAGCAGGGCGGAGGCUCACUGCCACAGCACAUCAAACUGCAGCUUCCUAUCCAGAUACAACAGACUGGGACCACCUCAGCUCAGGGAGGACAGAUUGGGAACGUUGUGACCAUCCAGGCAGCUUCUGUCCAGGAGCAGCUGCAGAGGAUUCAGCAGCUCAGAGAACAGCAGCAGCAGAAGAAGAGACAAGCGGCAGAGGCCAAGAGAGAGCAAGCCCUCAACGCAGCCAGCCAGAGCGACAUCAUUCAGAAACAGGUGGUGAUGAAGCAAAACGCUGUGAUCGAGCAUCUGAAGCAGAAGAAGACCAUGACGCCUGCAGAGAGAGAAGAGAACCAGAGGAUGAUCGUAUGCAACCAGGUGAUGAAGUACAUCCUGGACCGGAUAGACAAGGAUGAGAGGCAGGCGGCCAAGAGGAGGAAGAAGGAGGAGGUGGUGGAGGCGAAAAGGAGAUUGGCCAACGCCAGCAAGCUCUCCUCGCUCCUUUAUCGGCACAAAGAGAGCCUCAAGAUGGAGAUCCUGAAGAAGCGGGCGCUUCUCGACAAGGAACUGCAACUGGAGGCCCAGGAGGAGCUAAAGCGGGACCUGUUGCGGAUGCGGAGGGAGAAGGAGAGGGCUCAGGCUGCAGCUCAACAGGCAGCCCAGGCUGCAGCUGCCGCCGCCCACAACAAGCAGCAACACACUCUGGCACAUGCACAUGGCAUCGCCGCUCAGCACCACCUCACCACAACCGUCGCCUCUACACACAAGAGGAAACGGGAGGAGGAGAGGGAGACCGCAACGUCAGCUAAGUCCAAGAAGAAGAAGAUGAUCUCGACGACAAGUACCAAGGAGAGCAAGAAGGACACCAAGCUCUACUGCAUCUGCAAGACGCCUUAUGACGAGACCAAGUUUUACAUUGGCUGCGACCUUUGUACCAACUGGUACCAUGGUGACUGUGUAGGCAUCACAGAGAAGGAGGCCAAGAAAAUGGACGACUACAUCUGCGUGGAGUGUAAACGGGGACAGGAGGGCAGCACAGAAGAGUUAUACUGCAUCUGUCAGACACCAUACGAUGAGUCCCAGUUUUACAUCGGCUGCGAUCGGUGUCAAAACUGGUACCACGGUCGCUGUGUGGGCAUCCUGCAGAGCGAAGCCAACCACAUCGACGAGUACGUGUGCCCGCAAUGUCAGUCGACAGAGGACGCCAUGACGGUCUUCACUCCGCUCACUGACAAGGACUACGAGGGCCUGCGGAGAAUCCUGCGUUCUUUACAGGCACAUAAAAUGGCGUGGCCAUUCCUGGAGCCAGUGGAUACAAAUGACGCCCCGGACUACUACAGGGUCAUCAAGGAACCAAUGGACCUUUCCACCAUGGAGGAGAGGUUACAGAAGCGCGAGUACGUGAAGCUGACAGAGUUUGUAGCGGACAUGACCAAAAUCUUCGAUAACUGCCGCUACUACAACCCCAGUGACUCGCCCUUCUACCAGUGUGCCGAGGUUCUGGAGAACUUCUUUGUCCAGAAGCUCAAAGGCUUCAAAGCCAGCAGGUCUCAUAACAACAAACUACAAUCAGCAGCCUCUUAGCUCCCUCCUAAAAACCAAGUGUCAAAAAAGACAAGGCUUGUGGUUUCCUCUGAAUGAUUAAGCCCUGUGGUCCCAGUCAGGCUGCACCUGAACCUGAGCCCUCUCUAGAGGAGAGCGCACUCCCACCUAAAAAUCAGCUCAGAUGGGUGUCAAAAGAGCCCAACCUCUGGCACCUCCACUUCAGUGCUAAGGGGUAAGAAGCAAAUUCAAUGGCCCCUUUAUCAUCCAAAGCAUCAGUGGGACAUGAUGACAGAGAAGUCCCACCUUCAUACCAGGGGGCCGGGCGGCCGCGGACACUGUUCGGCAGCCUGUUUCAUCCCAACCAGCCACUCUUACCAUGAGAAGGGAAGAUCCAGAUGGGGAGGCAAGAUGGCGGAUAGGAUUGAUAAGUCAGCUGGUUGGACGUGCAGUGGCAAUCUGGUCCCCCAGCAGCAGCAGCAUACUCUUAAAGAGUUGUGUUCAUUCUGUAGCUGAUCACUAUUUUUGUGUAUCCUAUAUAGCAAAGUGUCAGCUUUGUUCUUCCCACCCAGAGGUCCAACUUUAAUUUCAUCCUGUCACAUUUUCAUCUUUCUAACAUCCCAUUGAAAGCUGCUUCAAAUGGAAAUGGCUGCAAGCGUGCACAGUCAAACAAAAAUGCUCUGUUCAUGCUUCACAUGAGGCUAAAUGCGCAGGAUCUGCAGGCGUAACAUCCAUAUACAGUAGCUUGGAGUUCAUUCUUCUCAUAUUUAACACCCGCAUGCCUGAAAGCAGCAUUUUAUUGGUGCUGUAGGAGUAUUCGUCAACCCCACCCCCCCACCCCCAACACCAGUCAGAUUUCAGGUCCAACUUUAUUCAGCCAGUCUUGGUCGAAUUUGCAGUGUCAUGUUUCACACUUAACUCCACUGGACCCAGCCCAUGCUAUUACUAUACCCUCAGGUGUGUAGGCCUGUUCGAAGCAUGAACCAGGCACAUAGAAUCUGAAUAUGUCUGUUAAUGGUACAUUUCAUUUACAUUCCCUAUCACGGUAGCCUGAUGCUAAGAUGCUCCACUUUAUCAUAAGCUAGUUUUUAAAAAAAAGUCUUUUUCUGUCAGGGUAACAUCACCGUCUAUGGGUGUAGACAGCACUUAGUCAAGUGAUUUAAGGAGUCCUCUUCUGUCUGAGGGCUGUGUUGCCUUCACCUUAAUUUCCAGAGGGAACCACCCAGACCAGGCCAUGCCAGCCACCACAUCCUCCCCCUUCCUCCUCCAACCAUUUCCCAUUCUGAACUUUUCUCAAAUGCAAGUGAAGUCCUGAUCUCCUUUGAAACCUGACCUUUUGAAGAAGGUCAAAGACAAGCAGAGAGGAAAAGAGACUGUUAGGCCUUCAGGGAAGGUGAAACUUGUACAAGGCUUAAUUAACCCACAUGUUGUACUGUACCUCCACACACACACACACACACACACACAGUCUCCUCAAAGCUCUGUGUCUGUUUCUGUCGGUGGCUGAGUCUGUAAGUCACUCUCUCCUCCUUAUCUAUCAGCCACUUCUUCCAGCAUAUUUCAUUGAAGUUGACAGGUUGGCUCACACAUGUCUCUCAACUCACCCUCAAAGCGUGGUUAAGUAAUUGGAUAAUGGACUUUUCCACUCAGCAUCAACUCAGUUAUGUUGCGGUCUGUGGCAGCAUGUCUGGGAGUAAACUUUGAGUGGGGACUGGGGAGUCUUUGUACCGCGGGGUUUGUAUGAAAAUUUUAUAGCUGCAUUUUUAGCAUAUUUGGGAACAUUUUUGUAACGUGUGAUUAUCAGUUUUUUAGGAGGGGAGCAGUUAUAAGACACAGUCACAGUUGUCUCUUAAGUUGAUGUGAAAAACAACUUUCAAUUCAGCAAACGUUUCAGUUUCGAUCAUAAUUUUAUUUUUCUGUGUGUAAGAGUUGAGAGAUAAUGUAGCUUCUGUCUUCUUUUCUGUUUGUGUGUCUUUCACACAAAUGUCCUUCACUUUGUAAUCUGACGAUGAUGUGUUUCAUCCACUGUUUGUAAUCUCUAUUGUAUAUUAUUGCUGUCCAAAUAUGUAGAGAUGAAAGAUUUUUAGAGCAGUAGAAACUUUUAUUUUUCACUCUUUGAACCAGCAACUAAGCCCGCCUGUAUAUUUUAACUGUUUAUUUUUCUCUUUAAUUGAAGUGAACUCUACAUUUAGGUGAAAUUGCCCUUUAUAUUAAAAGUGCUGCAUAUUGUGAGCAUAAAGGUUUUGAAUGAGGUAGAGUGACACAGUAACUCUUGUAAAGAGUUUUUCUUUUUUUUUGUAAGAAACCAACCAGUUCAACAUAACUUCUAUAUUGACAUUGCAUUUCUUGUAUUAUUUAUUCAUAUCAAUGAAAAGUUCUCAGUUUUUUUGAGUAAUGUUGAAGCAACAAAACUGCAGAUUAAAAAAAGUACUCUAUGUUUUUAACAGAUUGUGGCAACUCUGAAGAGAUUCUCUUUUGUACUUGAUAGGACAUUUCAUCCUAGAUAAUAAAGUAAUGUUUUUGACACCA